AUGCCCAUGGCUCAGUGUAGUCUCGAGCCAAGCACUUUGACCAAAGCUCACAAAAGCUCCCAAAAGCUAGCUGUAACGCGGAUCUUAAAUUCCAGACAAUUGCCAGCGCCAGCGUCAAAUUAUAUUGGCGAUCGGUUUGUCAAGAUUAUGUGUGCAAAAGUGGCGGUGUAA